ACAAGUUCUUUUAGUGAGACAAAUCUCCUUGGUAAAGGAAGCAUCGGUAAAGUCCUCAAAGCAACACUAGCAGAUGGGACAGAAGUUGCGGUGAAAGUGUUCAACUUAUAAGUAGAAGGAGCCAUCAGGAUCUUUGAAAGUGAGAGUCAUAUAUUGAGCACUAUUCGACAUAGAAACUUGGUGAAGAUACUUGGUUGUUGCAGUAACCCUGAAUUCAAACCUUUGAUUCUUGCAUAUAUGCCGAAUGGAAGCUUGGAGAAAUGGCUGCAUUCGGACAAGAAUUGUCUUGAUCUGGUGCAAAGACUACAAGUAGCAAUAGAUGUGGCGUUAGCUUUGGAAUAUCUUCAUCAUGACCAUACAUACCCUGUCAUUCACUGUGAUAUAAAGCCAAGCAAUGUGUUGCUUGAUGCAGAUAUGACUGCUCAUGUUGGGGACUUUGGUAUCGCCAAGCUCUUUGACCACGACGAGGCUGUAGUUCACACUAUAGCCAGGGGAACUAUUGGUUAUGCAGCACCAGAGUUUGGAUCAGAAGGAACGGUAUCUACAAUGGGAGAUGUAUACUGUUAUUAUGGGAUACUGUUGUUGGAGACGUUUACAAGCAAGAAACCGACAGAUGAUAUGUUCAAUGGAGAAAUGAGCAUAAAGGAGUGGGUGGGUAAAGCAUUAAACGAAAAUGCAAUAAGCGUAGUUGUGGCCUCUGUUUUGGUAUCAAUAGAAGAUGGACAAUUCUCUGCAAAGUUAGAAUGUGUGACAUCUGUUUUUGAACUGGCGAUGAAAUGUUUGGCCUUUUUACCACAUGAAAGAAUCAACAUGAAGCAAGUAGUAGCUGCUCUACAGAAGAUCAAAGCAAAGUUUACAGUGGAAGAUAUGCAGAAGAAGCAUCGCAGGUGAUAGAUUGUUAAAUACUUGCUUUAGUUAAAUAAUAAUGUUGUGUAUGUUUGUGUGUCGAGGUAUUUGGUGUGGCAAGUAUGUUUGUAUAUUGUGGAGGGAGUAGUUUGUGAAUUUUGUGAGUAUUUAU